AGCAAAAGCUGGUAAUCAAUAUGGAAAGAGUACCAUAUGAGAGUAAGGGAGCUGAAUGACAGACUAAUGAUGGCAGAAAGAGCAUUUGCAGACCCUGAUGGACUUUUUGGAAGGUCGUGGUAUAAGCAUUUGAUUUAUGGCCCUUCAAAGCAUAAUGAUUAUGGAAGUAAAUCCUUCCCUGGAAUAGAUGAUGCUAUUGAGGAAGCAAAGAAACUCAGCACAUCAGACUCAUGGCAUUCUGUACAACAUGAGAUAUGGAGAGUCUCUAGGGCUGUCAAGCACAUGCCUCACAAGUGCUCAGUGGCAAACUCACAUAAUAAAGCAAAGUCUUUCAUGUACUCCAUAAACUUUUCAUAAAGUAGGAUAGGCAGUUUUAGUGAAGUCCAAACUGUGAUGGUGGUCUUUAUCUAAUGACCACCAGUACAACUCUUAAUCAAAAGAAACCAUUGUUCUUGCGAUGACUUACUC